UCCCUCUAUUUGCACAAGUAGUUGGCUGAAACAAUGCAGUCCUUGGACUCAGAGAAAGGCUUAAUCAAAUUCAGCCAUUGUAAGAAGGACAUAUUUUGUUCCUACGUGCCCAAGCUGUGCCCUGUUUGUGGGCAGAGUCUAAACUACAGGAGACUGGAAGAUGCACCUGUCAGCAUUCCUAGCCCAUUUGUCAACGGGCAUAGGCAGAAAUGUUCAUUUUUACUUAAACCUACUACAGGAACAUUUCUUAGAGAGUAUGAUGGAAGCUCUGAUCUCCAUGUCGGAAUAUCCAACACUAAUGAGUUGGUGUAUAGUUACAAUGAAACAGGCAUUCAUAGAGUUGAACUUGGGUGGGAGCAAUGCAUUAGUAUCCCACUAGUGCAGCCAGACAUGUACGGACUGCUUCAACAAUGGGAUAAAUACCUAGAAGAAUUCUCUACUGGAGAGGCCUGGUUUUUUCACAGGUAUGAUGAACACUACCACAAUUGUUAUACUUAUGCACUGGCAUUUAUUAACUGUGUUUUGACUGCACAAGGUAAGCAGCCAAUGAGUAAAAGUAAAUUCACAGAAAGAUUUGUGAUACCACAGACAAGGAAAGCUUCCAAGUAUAUCACUGUCUACCGGGAGAUAGCCGAAAAUCACUUCUACAUUGGUGACAGCCCUGAUCAAGAACAGAACAAUUCCGAAGAGGACAAAUUGUUACAUUAAAACACACAUGCAAUGCUGUGAAAACAAAUCCCUAAAUAGGAAAUCUUUGGGUCCAAGCUUCACUUCUCCCUCUAUAUACCGGACAUGCCUUCCUGCAAUAUUUGAAAACUAACAGUAGAACUCUGAUGCGUCUGAGACACAUAUAUAUCUCUUACGAGACAUUAACAUGACACAAGAAGGAAAAGACUUGUAUGAGUUUUCUGGGCGUUUUAAAAUUUUGCAGUCUGCAACUAGCUAACUUUGAGCACUAUCACAUGGGAAGUUAUAUGCAUUCCUGUUUGCUAUAUCAUACUAAAAGUUGUAUGAGUGCAGUCAUGUUUUGUAGUAGACAACGUAAGUGUUGUAAAUUAAAAUAACAAAUGUAGAUAACCUUUUGACCAGGGUCAGAAAAACAAAGUUUGAGACAAAAAAAACCAAACAAAACCAACGGUGACACUUGUUCACUAUUCUCCACUAAAACACUACAAUUACUGGUCACAUGCACUAUCUUCCUCACUUGCAAUAUUCACUUUGUACCUUACGUCAGGCAUUUGAAUAAGUUUUAACUUUACCAGCAAGUGGCACUGUUCCUUCAGUUCCUUGUAAAACUAUAGGACUAUCAUAAUAAAUGCUACAUUGUACCUCCAUAUUUUUACUACGGUUGCAAAAAAUAAAUAGCUUGAGUAAAACUAUA